CUAAUACAUACCUACGUUAGUGGCCUUACUUAAUUAUGAAAUUUUUGAAUCACUUAGAUUUUCAAAAUUAAUUUCAAAAUUUUUAUUAAAUAAUGUAUAUUAUUGAUAAAGAUGGAAAGUUCUAGAGUUUCACCUGAAAAAAUAUCUGGAUUAAUGCCAAAUUUAACGUCUUCAGAAGACUUGCAAACCAAUUCCUUUGCUGGAAGCCCUUAUUUAAGUUUGCAACAAACUUAUCUAGAUUCAACUGGGUCUAAUACAUUUCGAUGCGAAGAAACUUCAAACAGUUCAAAUAUUAAAUCAUUUGAUGAAAUUUUACGUGACAUUAUUGAAACAUCAAAAUAUCAUGUGAAUCAAACACAACAUCAAUCACAAUUAUCUUGCAACGAAACAACACAUUAUAGUUGUAGCAAUGUAACUGAAGGUUUUCACGAAUAUCCAUCAUAUUCGCAGCCUUUAAAUUUGUAUUCUUCUCAAUAUAGUUCUGCAGAAAUUGGUAAUUCGAAAGCAUUUUCAAAUAUUAAUCCGAAUGAUAACUACGAACGUUUGAUAGACACGGUUCAAGAAGAUAAUGGUGGAAAAGAGAACUUCCAAAUUAAUAUUGCAGAAGCAGACUCAACAGAUGCAUGCGAUUAUAGUAACUCAAAUCAUUUCGAAAUAUUACGAAUGAAAAGAAAUGAAUUUUCACAACAAACUACUUUGCUACCCCCGUUCAAUUAUUUUCCAACGUCUUACAUGAAUUUACAACCCACAAUGCAAUAUACUAACCAAUACAUAGAACCUCAAUCAUGUAAUGUGCCUUCUAAUAUAUCAUCUUCGGAAAUAUCUCGUUAUCCUUUUUCAUAUAGCAAAAAUAAACCAAAAGUGUUUUCACCAAAAAUCUUACCUUCUUGCGGUAUCAGUGAAACAAAUUUGUCAAAUGGCGCAAUAGUUAAAACCAAAAGGACUUUUUCAAACACAAUGCCACCCCCAUUUUCAGUAUCAAAUUCGUCCGCAUUUAAAACAUAUCGGAAAAAAAGUCAAAAAAAUAUAGUUUCAAAUGCAACUAUAAAUUCUAUAGAAUUACUAAGGGCACAACAAAGCAAUGAUAACAAAGAAACAAUAGUGCUUCAACCAGCAAAUGUUUUUAUUGUUUCACAGGAAAGCGUUCGUUCAGGUGAACCAGAAUGGAUAGUAGAAAAAAUGUAUGUAAGUCCGGAUUUGCUGAGUGUAAAACCACCUUUGCAAACAGAAAAUCUGCUUGAACAAGCAAAGGAAGCAGCUUCUGAUAUAUUGUUCAAUGUAGAUUUUUCAAGUCUCGAUACGAGUAACAUUAUAAUACCAAAUAUUCAGAUAAAGGGGCCCCUCCACAAAAACAGAAAGCAAGAGUUAAAAGUGUUGCAAGAAUAUGAGAUAACUGAUAAUGAAAAAACAUCGGAAACCACUGUCUUGAAUUCAACUGAAUUAGGACAGAAUCGUAAUAUUGAGAAUAAUUCUCAGAUCGAUUUGAAAACUACGCAGAACCUACCGGAUCAAAACAAUAUUAGUAGUUUGCAUUCGUUUGAUGGUGGAGCAGUUUUUAUUAAUAACAAAGAGCUUAAAGAAAACGAUCAUUUAAAUGAUGGUGAAAUUUCAGAAGAUAGUGCACUUGAAAAAGACUCACUUCCCACCAAAUCACUUAAAUGUCACAGAUGCAAUAAAACUUUUAAAUACAGGUACACAUUGAAGCGACAUAAUAAAAACUAUCAUUUACCUUCAAGCCCAACUAUAUCUUUAAAUGAAAGUCUUCGACACAGCGAUACAAUAGAAUUAAUAACUCCAUCAGUAAAUCAUUUUUCUACAACUUCAGGAAAUUUAAUUGAUGAAAAGGAAAAAAUUGAAAUCAGCAAUAACUCUAAAAAACAAACAAACAACAUUUCAAAAGGGAAACAAGAAAAUUCAAAAAGUUCUGCUGAAAAACGUUUCAAAAAAGAUAUUUCUGAAACAAUAAGCGAUAAAAACACACUUAAUAAUAAAGAAAAAAACGAUAACAAAAAAAAGAAACGUAAAAAUUUAUUUGAUUUUGUAAAUAAUGAGGGUCAAACCGAAAAAAAGUACCGGAAAGAAGAUGAAAAACGAGUAACCCGAUCGCGUAUGAUAUUAUUUAAGGAAUAAACGCAUUCUGUGUAAUUCAAAUAUUGAAGUGUUUUUAUUAUGAAGAAGUUAUUAAGAAAAUUAAUGUUUUUAGUUGAAAAAAAAGUUUUGUACUUUUCUGAAUAGAAGCUACAAACUUUCUUUAAAUUGCUUUAAAUGCUAUUUCAUUUUUGGCGAAAAAUUUUUGUUUUAUUUGAAUGUAUAAUUUAUUUAGUAGUAAAUAGAAUUUUAAUUUUUACAAUUAUUGCUAAAAAUUUUUUUUUCUAAAUGUUUUAUAUAUUUAGUUUAUUAUUUUAAAAUUUGAAACAACAAAAAAUAAUGUUUGCAAUUUUUGUAACCACAAGUUGAUAAAUUUAUAAAUUUAGAAGUUAAAAUUUUCAGUUUAUAUUUAUGGCAUG